GAGCCACGGAAGACGCAAAGAGGUUAUUCACCGAAGUUGCUUAAACCAUGGAGCUAUCAGACACAUGCUUAAACCGAGUUUCACGCAAACGUGUAUACUGGUUUCACCGCUUAGAUAAAAAGGACAUGUGAAUCUGCAGCUGAACCGUUCAAGUCUUAUCUUUGGGUUUUAUCCGUGAAAUCUCAUGUGUUAUGAAAAUCUUCCACAACGCUGCGUGUAUGGUCGAAUGUAGAUGGCUGAUGAGCAAUGUAGGCGAAACCGACGGGAAAGUAGAACAAGGACAGACAGAACGAGUGCCAUGUUGUAGGAUAUCCAUGCUGAAUGUAUACUUGAGGACUAAUUAAGAAAGCUAAUGACGAACUGACACAAAUGUACAAGAUUUCUAACUGAGACGCCAAGCGGGAGCUACUCUUUCUGAGGAUUUGAUUCGCACUGUAGAACUGUCCAAUUCCAAAUAUGGCCCCAUCUUGCACGAAACUGGAAGUGGUCUUGCUGUUGACUGUGUGCAUCUAUGGUGCUAAGGUAUUUUUAGUAUUUAUGUACAUGGGUGACGCUGUACCGACAGGGAAUGCUUUAAAUGGACAAGUUUACAAACCAGAUGCGACGAGAUCGAGGUUGAACCUCAACCUCGAACGCUUAAGGCGGCAUGAGAACACCAAAAACGAGCAGGAAAAAUCUCUAAUCGCCGAGAAAUCUAAACAGAAAGAGAGCGAACAACAAUAUGGCGGUCUGAAAUCCAAGAUGGACGGUGAUGGGGGUAAAUCUGUACCAAACACCGCUGAAGUUAAACUUGGUCCGGUCAAGCAGACACAUAAUAGUAACAAUGAAGUGGUUCCAGUAAAACCUCCAUCCAGCAAACACAAGAAGGGAGUAAAUAGUGCCUUUUUUGAGGAAGUGCUCAUGUCAAAGUUUGACCACAGCAACGAGAAAUGUCGAGAUGUGUUCAUGGUGGCCCUCAUUCACUCGAAACCUCAAGAUCAAGACUAUAGGAUGGCUAUCCGAGAGACAUGGGCUGACACGGCUAUGGCUCAUCAGUUUGGUGUAUUGACGAUGUUUGUUCUCGGUUCCCCAAAUGACGAUUCUCUGAAAUCGAGCGUUUUCCAGGAAAAUGAGCGCCAUGACGACAUCCUGAUGGGGAAUUUUAGAGAGGAUUUCAAGAACUCGACUCUCAAGAUGUUGAUGGGAUUGAACUGGGUGAUCUUAUCGUGCCCUUCGGCAAAAUUCGUCUUUGCCGGCGACGAUCACAUGUUCGUCAUUUACGGGCGUCUAAUCAAACAGUUACGAGUUUUGAAUAGCAAGGAAUCGAUACAAAUGUGGAGAGGACGAAUUUCGCCUGGAUCAAGACCCGUGCGAGACCGUAAGAGUCGAUACUACGUUUCCGAGAGGCAAUAUCCGGGCAAGCGAUACCCAGAUUUCUGUACAUUGGAAGCUGGGUACGUGUUCAGUAUGGAUGUUGCUAAGAAAAUCUUAUCCUUCUCAUGGGACGAACCGAUUCUCCCUUUGCCAGAUGUCUACACCGGUGUGUUGGCAAAAAAAGCUGGUAUUCUGAUAACCGACGAUAAAUCUUUCACCUUUAGUAAUUUGGCCAAGGAUGUCUGCGAGCUGACUAAAGUCACAACAACCCGAGGUUUGCAAUCAGUUGAUCAUCUCACAGCAAUCUGGAGGAAUGUGACCAAUCCAGAGUUCCGGAGGAACUGCCCGAAUCCCGACCUGAGCCUCGUUCUCGGGAGUCAUACAAACAACCUGCCAUACGUGGAACAAACACUAAAAUUGCGAUUAGAUCACCCAGACGCCUGUUACGACAGCGAUGGGAACGAGGAUAACAUCUUUCUUCUCGUUCUCAUUAGUUCCCUUCCAAGGCAUUUCGCACUGCGUCGCGCAAUCAGAGAGACCUGGGGCGGAGAGAGAGAGAUACUGGGCCAGAAUUUGAGGUUGUUAUUCCUCAUGGGCCACACUCAGACAGACAUUGACCUCAUUCAAAAACAGGUCAAGCAAGAGGAUGAUGAAUUCGGUGACAUCAUUCAAGCUGACUUUACCGAGUCGUUCCACAACUUGACACUCAAAGUUGUCCUGGGCCUGAAGUGGGUGACACAAAACUGCCGCCAUGCCAGCUACAUGUAUAAAGGCGACGACGACAUGUUCGUCAACUUCAAGAAUAUCAUCUCUUACUUGCGAGAGAAUCGAAUCAAAGGAUCGGCCAUGACGAGAUUCUUCCUGGGAAGUGUGUUAUACAGAAGCGUUCGAGUUACUCGCACCAGCUCCAAGUACUAUGUGCCAGAUAGACUCUACAGUGGGCGGUACUUCCCGCCUUAUUGCUCAGGGGGAGGAUAUGUCAUCUCCACCGAUGUCAUCCCAGAGAUGUACCAGCAAUCUUUGGAGACUGCCUUCAUUCCCAUCGACGAUGCCUACCAGGGCAUACUCGCCAGCAAGAUAGGGAUGACGCCCACAGCCCACAAAGGAUUUAAAAACUGGGGAGCUAAGACUGACGGCUGUUCGCUGCGUGAUAUCAUGGUGGUGCACGGAUUCAAGGACCCGGAUGCUCUGCAUACUGUCUGGAAGAACUACACCACGCCAGUAGAGGAUUGCACCAAUGACGCAUCGUGACGUCAUUUGCAAAUGAUAUAAGCCAAUGAAAAAGUCUGUGAAGUAAUUCUUUGAAUAAAAAUUUUGAAACUGUAAAGAGAUUCUAUACUUUGAAAUCGUUUUUCAUACUUUUAUAAAGAAAUAAGCUCAGUUCAGUAAUUAUUUUGCGUUUAAAAAUUAAAAGCGUUGUUUGAGGGUUUAAGUUACUUCAAGUCAAAGAAAGAAGAUGAAGAAAUAAAUGUAAUGACAUUGAUAAUUGGUGAUUAAUAACAUUUCUAUUUGGCAAAGGAGAACAGCUUGGGCAUAAUUGAAAGCCCUUGGCAUAGGAAAGGAGUUUUGCUCCACAUUUUUCGAUCAGUUCAGAUAAGGUGAAAGGCGUUUUAUAAAAGAAGCCGUACAUAACUUUCUUAAAUACGUGCUUUUGAACUGUGGAUCGUGGAAGACGACGGCAUCCCGCUCCCCAAAUGACUGUUCUCUGUGUCUAUGUAUAAUGAAAGAUUUAAUAAAAGAAUUCGAACAGUUUGUGUGUAAUUUAAA